CGCGUCGAGUUUCCAGAGUUAGAUUUAUUUCUUCUUCAUUGUUUUUUUUUUUGUUUGCAUAGUGUAGCAACCAGAUCUGCAUUUUGAGUUUUGUACGAAACGCAAAACCAAACAUUCUUCGCUGGUAUUUAGGAAUAUUAAGUGUCUUUAUUUCUGCUUAAUGAUCUGCAUUUUGGGUGUGGAUUUGUUGCUUUCACCGGAUCUUGUGCUGACAUUUUCUUUUCUUUUCUUCUUUUAGAAUUAAGUGAUUCGGAAGAAGGAAGCUUGUUGUUUUGAGAUUUGUAGGGAUAUUGUUCUUUGUGAAUUUGUGAUUUGAUUAGCUUUAAUGGGUUGUUGAGUUUGGGGAGCAUUAACCUUGGAGUGGUGGGCUAUGGCAUCUAGAGAAGGCAGGCGUCGUGGUCAUGAGCUGGUGCCUCUGGCAGCAUUGAUAAGCAGGGAGAUGAAGAACGAGAAGAUGGAGAGGCCGAGUGUGCGAUACGGCCACUCGGCUCAGUCUAGGAAAGGAGAAGAUUAUUUCUUGGUUAAAACGGAUUGUCAUCGAGUACCCGGCAAUCCUUCGUCUACCUUCUCGGUUUUCGCGAUCUUCGAUGGGCACAAUGGUAAUGCUGCAGCGAUUUAUACGAUGGAGCAUCUUUUGAAUCAUGUACUGAGUGCUGUUCCUCGUGGCCUUGGACGGGAGGAGUGGUUUCAAGCUUUGCCUCGAGCAUUAGUUGCCGGAUUUGUGAAGACCGACAAGGAAUUCCAGAGUAGAGGAGAAACAUCGGGUACUACUGCUACAUUCGUUAUAGUUGAUGCGUGGACGGUGACUGUUGCUUCCGUUGGGGAUUCUCGUUGUAUUUUAGAUACCCAGGGUGGUGGAAUCUCCACCUUAACCGUUGAUCACAGACUUGAAGACAACGUCGAAGAGAGGGAACGCGUAACUGGUAGCGGAGGUGAAGUUGGGAGGCUUAGCAUUGCUGGUGGUGCUGAGAUUGGUCCUCUUCGAUGUUGGCCGGGAGGUUUAUGCCUUUCUAGGUCAAUAGGAGAUAUGGAUGUUGGAGAGUUUAUAGUUCCCGUACCAUAUGUAAAGCAAGUAAAGCUGUCAAAGGCUGGCGGGAGGCUUAUAAUUGCUUCGGAUGGCAUUUGGGACGCCUUAUCAUCGGAAAUGGUUGCUAAAUCUUGUCAUGGAUUACCGGCUGAACUUGCCGCUAGACAAGUUGUUAAGGAAGCAUUAAGGUCACGAGGGUUAAAGGAUGACACAACUUGCAUCGUUGUUGACAUAAUUCCCCCUGAAAAUCCACCACCGCCUUCUCCUCUUCCCAAAAAGCCAAAUAAACUGAGAGCUUUUUUAUUCCGAAGCAAGUCUCAUGAUUCCGCCAAUAAAUUAGCAAAGAAGCUUUCAGCUGUUGGUACAGUAGAAGAGUUGUUUGAAGAAGGCUCAGCAAUGCUUGCUGAAAGACUAGGAAACGAUGAGUGGGUGGGGCAAACGACAUCGGGUAUAUUCACAUGUGGCGUGUGCCAAGUGGACCUUACUCUGAGUGAAGGCAUUUCGGUUCAUGCAGGUUCCAUAUUCUCGAGUUGCCGCAAUAAAAAGGAUGCCAUGGAAGUUUAUGCAACUUGUAACAAUGGCGAGCAGGAUUGUUUGGGUCAGAGAACCGGACUGUAUACCGACCCACAGGCCGACCCCUUUCAACUGUAGCCAGAAGGCAAGGGUGGCGGGGACAGGUAUUCCGACAAGAUAAAAUGCUGCAAGGUUAACAUAAGCUCCUACAUGCUGCCAUCCAUAUCCCCUUGCAACACCUGAUCCAAAGCAUGUAACCAUUUAUAAGACUACCACUAUUAACAUUCAUCUCCUUGGAAAUAUAUUUUAAUUCU